UCGUCUUACGAAAGGGAAUGACUCUCUCACCAUAAAAUCACUAAUAUCAUCAAAUUUCAAUCAUCUGUCAUCAAAUAGACAAUAUAUAUCAAUCAGAACUAAGAAAGAGAUGUAAAGAAGCUUGACAGUAAUUAUUGUUUUGGUGCCAUUUCUGCAUUAGAAGGGUUUUUUCGAAAUCUUCUUGGAAUCUGUAACGGCAAAACACUGUCGCCAUUGACAGCAGGAUGGAUGAACGAAAGGUAGUGAUUCUUUAUGGUAGCCAGACAGGCACUGCCCAAGAUGUUGCUGAAAGACUGGCAAGGGAGGCAAAACAACGACAUUUUUCCAUUUUCCUAUCUGACCUUGAUAGUUAUCCUGUGGCACAGCUGAUUCAUGAGAAGUUAGUGGUGUUUGUGUGUUCUACAACUGGCCAAGGCGACCCACCUGAUAAUAUGAAGAUUUUCUGGAGGUUCAUUCUACGGAAGAAUUUACCAUUGAACUCCUUGAAGACUCUGCAGUUUGCUGUCUUAGGGCUUGGCGACUCAUCCUAUCAGAAAUUCAACUUUAUUGCCAAAAUAUUACAUAAACGCUUGCGCCAGUUGGGUGGAUCCGCCAUUUUGAAUCCUGCACUUAGUGAUGAACAGCAUGACUUAGGCCAAGAUGCCAUAAUCGACCCGUGGUUACAAAGUUUCUGGGCGGACAUUCUUGAAAAGUAUCCAUUACCUCUCGGGAAGCAAAUAAUAAGUGGCAAUAUCUUACCUGCUGCAAGAUACAGGGUUGAAUAUUUGGACAGCACAGCUGAACUACCAACAAGUCAAAGGAUUCAAAACCAGAAUCAAGUACCGAACAGAACUUGUCCGCACCAUGCUAAACUCCUAUCAAAUGCUCGCAUGACUGCUUCAGAUCACUUCCAGGAUGUUCGGCUAAUUAGGCUGGAUAUUGACGGAUCAAACAUGAGCCACAGCCCUGGUGAUGUCCUCAUGAUCCACCCAAAAAAUCAGCCCGACACCGUCACAACAUUUCUGGAGAUGUUUAAUCUACAUUCUGAGAAAAUGUUUUUAUUGAAGCAAAAUGACCCAGACUACCCUUUACCACCGAAUUUACCCCAGCCAUGCUCGAUCCAAUACCUCGUAGAAAGUUAUCUCGAUAUCAACUGUAUACCUAGACGAUACUUCUUUGAACUUCUCUCACAUUUUGCCAAGGACAGUGAGCUGGAACGUUUCAAACUCAGAGAGUUUGCAUCAGCAGAGGGACAGCAAGAUUUGUUUUCAUACUGCAACCGAGUUCGUCGUACCACGCUCGAGACGCUUCAAGAUUUCCCUGGUGCUGCCAGCCUGGUGCCAAUCGACUAUCUCUUUGACCUCAUCCCAGCUAUGCAACCUAGGGCUUUCUCCAUUGCAAGUUCUCUCCUGGCUCAUCCGAACGAGGUUCAGAUUCUAAUGGCAGUAGUGGAGUACACUACCAAACUGCAGAAGCCAAGGAGAGGUGUGUGUUCUACAUGGAUGGCCAACCUUCAUCCCGAUACAGAUGACAUCCGCAUUCCUGUCUGGAUCAAGCGGGGGACAAUAACAUUCCCGACAAACCAUGACACUCCUGUGAUUAUGGUGGGCCCAGGCACUGGGCUUGCUCCGUUCAGAAGUUUCAUUCAAGAUCGUGUUUCCAGGGACCAUGGGGGUUUGGUGCUAUUCUUUGGCUGUCGGAGCGCCACCAAGGACUUCUAUUGCUCCUCAGAGUGGGAACCUUCGAUAGAUGGCGGCCUCCUCAGGGUGUUCACAGCAUUUUCUCGUGACCAAGAGGAGAAAAUCUACGUCCAGGACAGGAUACUCGAACAGGCUGGUCUCAUCUGGGAUCUGAUUGAGAAUCAAAAAGCUUGGUUCUUUGUUGCAGGCAAUGCCAAGAGGAUGCCAGAUGACGUGAAGGCAAUAAUGCAGCAAGUGAUCAUGAAAGAAGGAUCAAUGACUGAGGACGAAGCUGAGAGAUACGUCAAGGAUUUGGAAAAGACGAAACGAUAUCAGGUAGAGGCCUGGUCAUGAUACAGGACGAUUUCUCCGCAUGUUUUAGACUUUUGACACAGUUGUCUUCCGGGGAACCUUGUGUUAAAGGGGGACUAUAGGCAGGAGCAGAAGGGCUAAUUUGGCCAUCUUCAGGUGACUAAUAUACACAGUAAGGGUCCUGGGUCAUAUCAGAUUCAGCACUAAAUAUGUUGCUUGUACAAGCGUGAAUCAUUUCAACAUAUUGUUAGAUCAUUUCAACGUAUCGUGAGAUGUGAGAGACCCCUAUUGGCGACUUUCUGUAACUUUAUUUUGCCUGCCUAGCUGUUGCCAAUAUUGUCCCUUUAAGUGAUUUAUACAAUGCCUGUGCUUUUAUUUGGCUCAAGUAUACUAUGAUAAUAUUAUUAAAUAAUAAUUGUUUAAAAUAUGAAAUAAAAUUAU